AUGCGGUGGCGCGUAGCAGCGGCGGUUCAGAUCUGCGGCGGCGUGGGGCUACGACGGCACGAAUCAGUGGAGGCCCGGGGCUGCGAGCCGGGAUAUGGUGGUGCAGAGCAGCGGCGGCUCAGGGCUGCGGCGGUGCGGAACAGCGACGGUGCGGUGGCGUUGUCUGCGAAUCGGGCGGCGCGUAGUGCUACUGGUUCAGCAAGAAGGAGCAUGCUUUCUUCAAUUGCGACUCCUGUAGAACAUCUAAUUAAUGCUGAAGCUAUGCAGUUCUCUACAAAUUGGAGCAGCAGAGCUGCAGCACGCCCUUCUGGAUAUGCUGCUGUUGCUGGAACAGGAGCAGCAGAGCUGCAGCACGUCCUCCCAGGCUUGUGA